GUUGUUGAACGCGUCUGCAACAGGACGUGUUUUCUCCGGAACUUUUGCAUUAGAUUAUUAUAGAAUCUUUAAGCAAACAAAGUAUUGCUUUUUUUUUUUCGAAAAUUUUUAUUCGUAAAGCAUUUACGUGUGAAAGUACAAAUUUAAGCAGUUAUUUUGCAAACAAAAAAAAAAUAAAUAAAUAAAUAAAAUAAAUAAAUAAAAAAGGAAAAGAGAAAGAGAAAGAGAAAGAGAAGGAAAACAAUGGCUAUACCAUUUUGUGAACCUACAGCCGCCCAAUCUGAAGAGGUAAUAGAGCAGAUACUGGAUCAAGUGGACGCGGCUAUUUCGACCAACAAUCAAAAUAAUUUUCCGACUACGUCAAAUGCUACCGAGGAAGAUUUGAUGGCCUGGAAGCUGUUAGCCUUAAUUAUGUGUAAGGUACUAAAAAAUUUACAUCAACAGCAACCAGCUGCAAGCAAUGCCAGCUCUACAAAUGCCUCAACCAAGGUAUCGGCCAACAGUCAAAUUCCACACAAUUGGCAGUGAAUUCUU